UGAUAGCGAGCUGUUGAAUGAAAUUUACUUUAGAAAUACCUAAUGUAAAAUGAACAUAUUUGUAUCACUUAUAUGUAAUGGUUCAUGAUAGUUUUAUAUUACUUAUUAUUUUGAAUGUAGCAAAAUGAAGUGCAAUACAUUAUUUGUGAGCGCCGUGCUGUGCCUUCUUCUAACAGAAGAAGCUAACUGCAUAAACAAGCGAUGUAUUAGAUGUAGAUCGCGUGGUGAACUAGGCACAUGUGGAGAUCCAUUUCCAUUUAAUGUGACAGAGCCUGAAGCUGAAGCCGGCAUUCAUGUUAUGGCUUGUCCUUCAGGAUGGUGUGCCAAAAUGAUUGAGGGAACUACAGGAACCUUUAGGACUGAUGAUUAUGGAGCUGCAACGGAAAGAAUGUGCCUUCAACGACCUCCAAAUGAUUAUGAAGAGCGAUGCGCAUACACCAUGUGGAACCACAGGAAAGUGUACAUGUGCUUCUGCAAUGGUGAUCUGUGCAAUUCAGCAGUUAGUGUGUCCUUGUUUUCACCUAUGAUUUUAUUAGCUGUUCUCAUAACAGCCUACAACAUUUUAUAGGCAUAGUUGGAAUAUGAUGUCUGGAAAAGCAGAUUGUUUCAAUUUUCAUUAUAUGAUAUUAUGUUGAUAAAAAUAUAUAAAGAUCUUGUAAAUUUAUUGGUCAAUUUAUAAGUUUCUGCUAGGAACUCCCUUGCUCAUAAUAUUUUGUGAUAAGAAAAAGUGAUAGUCUAUAGACAAAUUCAGACAAUUCAACUAAUUUUCAUUUAAUCUACUUAUUUACAUAAUUUUAUUAUAAAAAGAUAUAUUUUGAGAACAAAUUUAUGAUUUCAAAUAUUGAAAACAAUUUAGUUGUGUGUGAAAGUGAUUAAAAUACAAUAUUAAAUUCCUAAAAUCACUGUGCUUAUGAUAUUGAUAAAUUGUUUUUAACAUUUGAAACUGAUAACAUUUUAGGUAAAGGAAAAAGGUGCUAGAAAUAGAAAUAAUACUCAAUUGUGAUGUAGUUUCUUAAAAGCAGAUUCACUUAAUUUUUUUUCUGGCGAUGUUAUAAUAUUACAGAUAAAAUAUAUCAAUUAAAGAUAAAAUAUAUUAAAUAAAGUAUGUCAA